AUGAGAUAUCUUUUUGAGGAGACCUUAAGUUCUAACCCUAAAACCCCAAUUGUCAUUUAUGAUGAUAAUGAGUUGGGUUUGAUGGCCGCUAGAAUAGCCAACGCCGCUGCAUUUCCGAUGGUUCUCAAGGCCACCCUAGAGCUCGGUGUCUUUGACACUCUCUAUGCCGCCUCUGUGUUCCUCUCACCUUCUGAGAUAGCGAGUCGGCUACCAACCACGCCUCAUAACCCUGAGGCUCCGGUUUUGUUGGACUGCAUGCUUCGUCUACUUGCCAGCUACUCCAUGGUCAAGUGCGGUAAGGUCUCAACUGAAAAGAGCGAGAGGGUGUACAGAGCCGAGCCGAUUUGCAGGUUUUUGUUGAAGGAUAAUAUUCAAGAAAUGGGAUCCCUUGCUUCUCAAAUGAGAGAUUCAGCAAUCUCUUUUAACCAGACAGGAUUCACCAUUGCGGUCGUGAAGAAGGCUCUCGAAGUUUACCAAGGCUUCAAAGUUGGUAACACUCUUGGUGUUGUUACUUCAAAGUAUCCCAACAUUAAGGGUAUCAAUUUCGAUCUCCCUUGUGCCUUGGCGCAAGCACCUUCUUAUCCCGGGGUGGAACAUGUUGCGGGAGAUAUGUUUGUGGAUGUACCAAUUGGAGAUGCUAUGAUCUUGAAACGUAUACUUCAUGACUGGACUGACGAAGACGGCGUGAAGAUUCUUAAAAACUGUUGGAAAUCACUUCCAAAAAACGGUAAAGUGGUAGUUAUAGAAUUAGUCACUCCUGAUGACGCAGAGAAUGGAGACAUCAACGCGAACAUUGCCUUCGACAUGGACAUGUUGAUGUUCACACAAUGUUCUGGCGGAAAAGAGAGAUCACGAGCUGAGUUUGAAGCUUUAGCUGCAGCUUCUGGCUUCAGCAACUGCAAGUUCGUUUGUCCCGCUUACCAUUGUUGGAUUAUUGAAUUCUGUAAAUAA